UCUGCAAAUGUGGAGGCCCAGUGUGCAGGUAUCUCAGAGGAUAAUAGCCGUUCGUCGUCAACCAGUCAAGGAUAUGUUUUACCAGAAGGAAAAAUCAUGCCAAACACGGUGUUUGUUGGUGGAAUCGAUAUAAGGAUGAAUGAAGCAGAAAUUCGGAGUUUCUUUGAACGGUAUGGUACUGUGAAAGAGGUGAAAAUAAUCACUGACAGAACUGGUGUUUCCAAAGGGUAUGGAUUUGUAUCUUUCCUGGACAACGUGGAUGUUCAAAAAAUAGUAGAAUCACAAAUCAACUUCCAUGGCAAAAAGCUGAAACUGGGGCCAGCAAUUAGAAAGCAACAAAACCUGUGUUCUUAUGUGCAUCCCAGACCUAUAGUCUUCAAUCCUCCUCCACCACAGUUCCAUAGUGUAUGGAGUAAUCAAAAUACAGAGCCAUACAUGCAGCCUCCAGCUGUAAUGAGCCCAGUGACACAGUAUGUUCAGACGUACCCAUACAGUUCACCAGCUGUAUUGAUACAACAGCAAGUUCCUGUAGCCUAUCAGCCAGCCUUCAACUACCAGGUUCAACCACAAUGGCAUGCUGGGGAGCAAAGAAAUUAUGUUAUGCCUCCGGUUUAUACAUCAGUAAAUUAUCACUGCACUGAGGAUCCAGAGCUUAUACCGACAGAAUGUGCUGUUCCUGAGCCUCUGCAGUUGUCUACUAAUAGUCCACAGAAGAAGUCUGUGGACAGGAGCAUACAGACGGUAGUAUCCUGUCUGUUUAAUCCUGAGAACCGUCUGAGGAACACCUUUGUAUCACAAGAAGACUACUUCAAGGAGAGGAAGGUGCAUCACUUCAGAAAAGGAAGAGCAGUACUCAAAAGUGUUUGAUCAACAAGGACCCUAAAGUAUCUAAAUUCAUUAACUUGAUGGUACUACAGUUCAGUUUAGUGAUAUAUGCAGGAUAACCUUUUUCAA